AGCCUACCUCGGUCAGUCAGAUUGGGUGUUGGUUGGAGAGAGAGAAGGGGAACAGAGAGAGAGAUAUGGUCAAGGCGAAGAGAGCCUCCCUCGUGAGUUGGCGCGAAAAGGCAGUGUCGACGCUGUCGAGUACCUUCUCGAACGCAGGACGACGAGAUGAGUGUCAAAUCGCUCGAGAUGUGUCGGAUACACCAUUUCGGACAUCAACGUCCAUCGUCAUCUGCCGAACCUUACAGACCUCCCCAUGGGGCAUGCUUGGACUGGCGCAUCCACUCAAUGGAUGGUGGGAAACUUUACCGGCCUACCGGCGUCAACUGGGAGUACCACCAACACAUCGUCUCCGUCCUCUAGCGCCCCGCUAGAUCACGGGUUUCACCUGUAUCCAACGACCUGGGAGACACCGCAGCUAACUAAGGAAACUUUCUCGACGGGUCAAGCGUACGCCUCCGCGCCAUCUCGCCAGACCCCGCGCCCUCGGUCUCCUUGGUCGAUCCCCCGAAGCUUUCCACCAAACAAGGGUUUACGCAGCCAGGGUCUUUUCACACCCCACGCUCUCGACCAUCCCCUCAACUAUCUCGGGGGUAUGGACGAACACAAUGAUAGGAUCAAUCCUUGUCCCGGUCAAUUCAUCGAACGCCGCCUCCUGGCGUCUGCCGGGAGUACAUACGGGCGCCACAUCGCUACCUUGGCCUCUGAACAAGCUCAUGCCUCGCUGGAAGUGCGAUACUUCGUAGUGUUACCUGUAUAUCCAUGACCAACCACACCCAACCCAAGCUAAUGGCUGUUGUAGCGCGUACGGUGCCUACAUAUGGCCGUGCCCCCCCCCCCCCCCGCGUUUCUCACCCCGUCGCUCUGCG